CGCUCUCCACUUGGCUGGCUACACAAAUCUGAAUGUACCUCUAACCAAUCUCCUCUCUUAUUUCCUUUGAACAAUCUGUAUCUGUCCCUGUCUCCAUCGUCGUUUCGUGUUUCUACACUCCCAUCCUCCUGUUUUCGUUUUUCUUCCUUUUUUUUUUCAUUUAAUUUAUUAUCGUUCUUCUUCGUUUAUCUGCUUCGCGCUUCCUUCAGAUUUGUUCUCCCCUCAGAUCCCUGUCUUUAUCACAGUGAGACGGCGUUGUUGAGUUUGAACAGAUGAAGUAAUGUUGAUGGAUGGUGGAUGUAUGGGGAAGCUGGUGAGGUGCCUUGAACUUAGAUGAAGAAGGAACGUGCAUGGCCGCAAUUCAUAAGGAAUCUUUUGAUCAUGGUUGGAUCAAGAAGCCGGCCACAGUUGAGGAGGCCUACUUGGAUUAUUGUUCUUGUUUCCAUAGUGUGUGUGUUUCUCGUUGCUGCCUACGUGUAUCCGCCGCGGAGCCCGUCUUCCUGCUCCCUCUUCUCCUCCAGUGGUUGUGGUGGCAGUAUUAUCGAUCUACCGCCUGCGGCUCAGUCGCGUCAAUUGACUGAUGCGGAGGUUGAGUCUCGGGUUGUUAUUAACGAGAUUCUCAACUAUUAUCCUGUGAUAACCAAGAAACCUAAAGUAGCUUUUUUGUUUUUGACUCCGAGUUCGUUGCCGUUCGAGAGGCUCUGGCACAUGUUCUUUAAGGGCCAUGAGGGCAAAUUCUCUGUUUAUGUACAUGCAUCAAAGGACAAGCCAACACAUGUCAGCCCCUAUUUUGUUGGACGAGACAUUCACAGUGCACCGGUAGGCUGGGGAAAAAUUUCUAUGGUUGAGGCUGAAAGAAGACUUUUGGCAAAUGCACUGUUAGACCCUGAUAAUCAACAUUUUGUAUUGUUGUCUGAAAGUUGUAUACCUGUACGUCGCUUUGAUUUUGUGUACAACUACUUAUUAUUAACAAAUGUCAGCUUUAUUGACAGCUAUGUGGAUCCUGGUCCUCAUGGAAAUGGCAGGUAUAUAGAAUAUAUGUUGCCCGAAGUGGAAAAGAAAGAUUUCCGAAAGGGUUCCCAGUGGUUCUCAAUGAAGCGGCAGCAUGCUAUAAUAGUUAUGGCAGACAGUCUCUAUUUUACAAAAUUCAAGCACCAUUGCAGGCCAAAUAUGGAGGGCAACCGCAAUUGCUACGCUGAUGAGCAUUACCUGCCAACCUUCUUUACUAUGCUUGAUCCAGGUGGAAUCGCAAAUUGGUCAGUAACAUAUGUUGAUUGGUCUGAAGGAAAAUGGCAUCCGAGGUCAUUCAGAGCUCGGGAUGUUACUUAUCAAGUCAUGAAAAACAUAGCAUACAUUGAUGAAAGUCCACAUUUUACUAGUGAUGCAAAGAGAACAGUGGUGAUUACACCGUGCGUAUUGAACGGCUCAAAGCGAUCAUGUUAUCUAUUUGCCCGGAAAUUUUUCCCAGAAACUCAGGAAAGAUUGAUCCAGCUCUACUCUAAUUCUACAAUAUUCUAAAGUAUUUAUAUUUAUCAUCAUUCUUUGGUGAAUCAACACCAUGUGAUCCCAGCCUCACCGUCUUGCACAUAGUGAAUUGUUUUUGAGAAAAUCCCUAAGACAACUGGAAAUUUUUCUUAGGAAGACAAGAAGCUGAUUUGGUUAAAAUUUGCUUUUCUCUGGGGCUGGACGGAACUGCGGAGCUUGUCUGGUUGGAUAAUUUGCUGUUCCUAUUGUACUUUUUUUAAAGUAUUAAAAACAUCAUAGAUUUCUCUUACGGAUAAGUUUUGGUAUCCUUGAUAGAGACUAGAGAGGGAGGGCUAAGGUUUGGGUUUUGAUUCGGACUCUGGAAGCUAACUGUCACCUAUGACUGUUAUUGCAUCUACAAAUUUUCUGCAGUCAUGCAUUAAAUGUUACCUCAUGAAUGGUUUAGCAGUUAUGCGCAGAAUUUUGGAAGAAUUCUGUUUUAUUUUAGAAA